ACUGGCACCUCAAUCUCAUCAAUCUUCAAACAUUGACUAUUGCAGACUCUCCAAAUUUGACCUCUUUGUCCCUCAAUAUCAAAGACCUAACUGCCCUAGAGAUCCUAAUCGAUGUGAAUUGUAAAGAGCUUAAUUUGAUGGAGGGAGAAGGAAGUCAAGAUCUCAAGUUGAGCCUUCGGAAAUUAAUGAUUAGAGGCUUUCCUAAGUUGGAGGUUUUUCCCCAGUGGCUCAGACGAUCUGCAAACACUUAACUGAUGCUAGUGAUUGGAGAUUGUGAAAAUUUCACCACUUCGCCGGAGUGGCUGCCAUGUCUAAAAUCACUUCAGCAACUUGGGAUUGACAAUUGCUGUAAGUUGUUAUCUCUCCCAGAGGGGAUGCAAGGUCUCACUGCACUAAGACAAUUGAAUAUCACACUGUGUCCUGAUUUGAUUAGAAACUGCAAAGAAGAUCGGUCAAAGAUUGCUCAUGUACCAGAGGUUUGUCUUGGUGGUGAUCGUUUGGAAAACCAGAUUAAGAUAAGAUAUUCCUAUGAUUCGCACAAGAAGUUUUGGAAGUAUUGCUGGCGAGAAGAAGAACUACGACAACAAGAAGAAGAAAAACGCCGACGAAUACAAGAAACAAUAAGAGUAGCUUUAUCUGUACAACGAAAAGCACUAGGUUUCAUUGAACAAGAGUAGCAAUAAGUUAUAUAUAUAUAUAUAUAUAUAUAUAUCUAGACACACGUUAAGUUGUUAUAUUUUGUAAUUUUUGUUAACUUUAUGUCAAAAUUUGAUUGCAACUCAUGUUCAAUUAUUUGUAAUUGUGGGCUUUAUGUGUAAUCAGGCUGGGCUGUAGUGUUCAAGGCAAUGCUACUGAAGAAGCAAUUCACACAAUAACAGUUGAGGGCUUAACACCACCAAUGUAGCUCUGUUUUUGUGGUUUUGGUAGUCAAAAGUUCAACAUAGCAAUAUG